AAUAGAAUUAGGGGUUAAAUCAUUACCUGAACUACUGCCUACUGGAGGGCAGAGCCGUAGAGGCUGGAUGCAGAGGGUUGUGACGCUCUUCGGCGUCGCUCUUCAGAGAUCGGAGGUCACGACUCCGUCCGAACGGCGAUUCGCCCCUUCCGAUCCGACUCAUGUGUUGCCGACCAAUGCUGUAACCCUCGACGAGAGUUUGUCUUACGAAGAAGAACCAGUUAAGAUCUUGGCGCGCGAAACUAAAGUGUUAAGAAACAAGACGGUACCUUUGGUAAAGGUACUAUGGCGUAAUCAUGCGGUGGAAGAAGCAACCUGGGAGACCGAAGAAUCUAUGCGAACUCACCGCCGAUCGACCUCCGCCUCCUCGCCGCACGACUGCUGCCUUUCCUCGCCGCUGCCCCGUCGCUCGCCGCCAGGUCCAGCGCCGCCGACCACGGUUCCCAAUCUUCGAGCCGCGGUCGUCGCCGUCCAAUUGGAGCAGCCAGCCGCCGGCGUCGCCCUUCCCCAGCCGGUCGCCGCCGCUGUUUCCUUCCCCAGCCUCGCUGCCAUCAUCGCCGGCGGGUGCAGCGCCGCCACGCCAAACGGAGGACGUCGCCAAACGCCGGACGCCGCUGUUUCGCCCUCGCCGGAAUCGAGAGCCGCCGUCGCCCGAGCUUCCAGCCGGUCGCCGAGCUUCCAGCCGCCGUCGCCCUUUGCACAGCGGCCACCCGCCGCCGUCGAGUGCAGCGCCGCCGUCGAGUGCAGCGCAGCUGUCGAUUGCAGCGCCGCCAGUCGCUGCUCAUCGCCGUCGAACUGCCGCUCCGCCACUGUCGCCGGCGUCCGUCACCGUCGCCGCAUCCGGCCGCUGCCCCGAGUUGAUAUCACCGGCAGAUUAACCCCCACGCCGGAUUGAUUGUCACUUUUACCCCUUACUUUUUCAUACCCUAACUAUUACGUCAUACCUUUUUACUAAUAAUCUAUCCAUCAAAUCAUACUUUUACCCAUCACAUCAAAGGACAUUUUUGGAAAUUCAAUACCAAAAUACACUCCCUUAAAUCCCUCCUAAAAAGCAAAUGUUUCAUGUUUCACGGGACGGAGGGAGUAAUUUUCUUUUACUUUCACGAAUGAAAAUAAAAAAGGGUCCGUUGG